AUUCCCCACCCCUAUCCACAGCAAGAGACGAGAUAAAAUAGCAGCAGCAGCAGCUCCCUCCCUUCUCCAGUUUCCUCGCUUCAUCCAAAUCCCUUGCCAUGUUUCUGAGCUCCCCUUUCCUCCAACUCUCCUCCUCCCUCAAACCCCACCCCUCUCCAUUCCUCCAUGGCUCCUCUCUGUCCAUCCCCUUCCUCCCCAACGCGUCACCUUUCUUUCUUUUUCCGGCGGCGCCGCCGCCUCCACCUUCGCUUCUCUCUGUGAAGGCCAUGAAGAAGAUGCAGGGUCGCGUGGUGUGCGCUACCAACGACAAGACGGUAGCGGUGGAGGUGGUCCGUCUCGCUCCCCACCCAAAGUACAAGCGCCGCAUCCGCAAGAAGAAGAAGUACCAGGCCCACGAUCCCUUGAACCAGUUCAAGGUUGGCGACUUCGUCGAGCUCGACAAGUCCCGCCCCAUCAGCAAGACCAAGACCUUCGUUGCUGUCCCUGUCACCGCCCGCAACGCCCCCAAGCCCAUCGAUCCCGUCCCUGGCGACCUCCUCGGCCUCCCCCUCGAGUCCCAGCAGCAGGAAUAACGCAGGACGCUAUCUCCAUCUUCUUUUCCUUUUUCUCUUCGUAUUCACUGUCCUUUAUUGUAUUACAGUUUAUAUUUUUAUGAAAACAUCGUGUUGUUUGCAUAUAUCUAAUGUUGGAAUGGUUGGAAUCGGUCGGUUGGGCUUGUUUUGGAAUUGCUCUCGAUUAUGUUCUCCAAA